AUAAAUACCCAAUAUUCAGCACGUAGACUUCAUCACGUAUUGUCGUACGAAUUGAGUACGAAUGAGCAAAGCAGAAUAUCUUCUUUACAACUAACGACGAUUCAGCAGUCCACCAACUCAGCACUGGGACUCAAUAGCGCAAAUCCAUAUCUAUUCCUAAAAGCCAGGAUGAUGAAGAUUACUCUAUGUGCAGUAAUUUUGCUACAGGCAUCUUUAAACCUUUGUGAACGUGUCAUAGACUUUAAAGAUUGCAUACCCGGACCUACCCCAACCUAUGUUAACUGCACCAAUGAAAAUAUAACAGUACAGCACGGAAGAAUCGAAGGCACGCCACCGCCACUGUGCCAAGGCUUCUAUUGUUGGAAUGGAACCUUGACACCGAUAGGAUGUCCGUCACCAAAGCCUGUUAAAAUUGAUGCCUACACGGACGUCCCUCACAAUGGAUCAUGGCCUCUGUGCUGCUAUUAUCAGCGUGAAUGUGAUUACAAACGGUGGAAGUACUGAAAUACGGGCUGCUUGGUGCACGUUAUUGUUAAUGGCAAAAAUAUUUAACCAAACAAACGAAGUCAAGCUACCGGA